AUGAGCAGCGUUGUGAGUAGCACAGCGCCCAGUCCAGCCAGUUUCAUUGACCCGAAUGGCACAGCAGCAGCCGCAGCUGCAGCCGUCGCAUCGAUGAUGACCGAAUCGACAACCUUAAAACCGAAUUUUAUUGUACAAGCCAAACCAAUGUCGUCGCCCAUUGAUCCGCUCAGUCAUGUCGGUGAUGGUAUCUUCCUGCAAACAAAGACCGCUCAAGGACUUGCGACUGUAUUCGUGUGGGCGGCACUCUUUAUCACAUGCCAACAGAUUUAUCAACACCUGCGUUGGUAUACAAAUCCACAGGAGCAACGUUGGAUAGUACGUAUCCUAUUUAUUGUGCCCAUGUAUGCGACAUACUCGUGGAUCAGUUUAUUUUUCUUCAAUUCAGAUAAUGUGUACGUGUAUUUCUUUACCGUACGUGAUUGCUAUGAAGCUUUUGUCAUCUACAGUUUCCUGUCGCUAUGCUACGAGUACCUUGGUGGCGAGGGCAACAUUAUGUCCGAGAUACGUGGCAAACCCAUUAAAAGUUCGUGUCUUUAUGGCACUUGCUGCCUAAGAGGUAAAACAUAUACCAUCGGCUUCCUACGCUUCUGCAAGCAGGCUACAUUGCAAUUCUGCUUGGUGAAGCCGCUUGUGGCGUUUAUUAUUAUAUUCCUGCAAGCUUUUGGCCACUAUCAUGAUGGUGAUUGGAGCGCCAAUGGUGGUUAUAUUUACAUUACUGUCAUCUACAAUAUAUCCGUUACUCUUGCCCUCUACGGCUUGUACUUAUUCUAUUUUGCUACGCGUGAUUUGUUAACACCCUUUGAGCCUGUGCUGAAGUUCUGUACAAUCAAAUCGAUUAUCUUCUUAUCAUUUUGGCAAGGUGUGAUGUUGGCCAUUUUGGAGAAGGCCAAGGUCAUCUCGCCGAUCGUCGACAGUGCUGGCACUCACACCUCAGCUGGUACUGUCUCGGCGGGCUAUCAGAACUUUUUCAUUUGCAUUGAAAUGCUAUUUGCUGCGAUUGCGUUACGCUAUGCCUUCCCCUAUCAGGUAUAUGCGCGCAGCUGUAUUGCCGACGGUCAAGGUCGCUCUGUAACAAUGCAAUCGAUUUCAAGCAGUCUUAAAGAAACAAUGAAUCCCAAGGAUAUUAUGACAGAUGCUAUACACAAUUUUCAUCCACAAUACCAACAAUAUACGCAAUACAGUUCCGGUGGUAAAAAUUCACGUGGCAUACGUGUCUCCUCCUACGAUCCUGAUGAGCCCAGUGCAACACAUCAUGGCAACAAUCAAGGUAACAGCGGUACAAUGGGUAGCAUGGGCAAUGCCAGUACAGGUACACCUGGCGGUAGUGCGGCCAGUUGUAUUGCUUCGAAAACUUUGGGUAAUCAAAGGAAAUUUAUGCCAGGUGGUCAACGAGUAGCCACCAUCAGCCAGAACUACAAUGAGAAGACAAUGCUGCUGAGCAGCGAUGACGAGUAUCAGUAGAUAGCAGCAGAGGAAGAGACGCUGGAAGUGAGCAAGAGGAGAAGCAGCAGUGAGGCAGAGGAAGCGAGCCGCCCUAAAAGCACUUUUUAAUACUUAAAGAACAAAAACAAAAACUCACUCAUAUUACACUGAAACAAAAAUUGUUAAUUUUUUGGACGUACGGGUGUUGGUGAUUUUAAUUUGCUGUGUUUUGUUUUUGUUUAACAUCUGUAGCUAAUAGCCGCAUCGUCACGAAGGCGGUAGUUUAUUAAAAAAAAAAUGGCACAAGUGGUUUAUUAAAAAAAAAAAUGUGCAUAUACAUACAUAUAGUUU